AGAGAAAGGAGACGCAUGCUCCUCCUGUCAGUGUAGGGUAGACUGACGUCAGAAUGUGUCCCUGACGUAAUCACGUCAGCCCUGCAGGUGGCGGCAUGUCCAAGCUAAUGUCAUCCGUUCAAAGCGACCCAAACUCGGACACAGAGCUCCUGUUUUCCUGCUCUGACACAUGUGGGCGAAGGGGAAUCCACUGCAAAGCUGUGACGCAAAUCAGCGUCUCCUGCUGCUGCAGCAACAAUAAACCCUGAAUCCCAGCAGCGAAGCCGAAGGUCGGGUUUAAUCAUUCAGAAGAAACAGGAGCUCGUGCGCGUUUCGUGCGGCGCGAAGCGAGGUGUCAGCCAGCCAGGUGCGGGACAGGAGGACAGGACAGGCGGGCUCCACCGGACCUCCGCAUCCCGCAGACGUGGCGCCUGGAUGCGGCCUGCGGCUGAAGAUCUGCCCGGUUUUUUCCCUUCUGGAUCCAUGGCCGUGCUGUUUGUCAGUGGAAGAGGAGAUUGAAUGCCUCUAAAACCUGCAGGGUGUGAGCCCUGUGCAGGGUGAUGAUGAGCACUCAGGGCAGCAGCAGCCGAAAAGGAAGUGGCCAGCAUGCUGCCACUCCGCCCCUGCGCCACCCGUCUGGACCCAAGCUGCAAGUACAGCGUUCCCGCUCUCGAGACACCAUCACCAUACAUUUCUCRGCUCUGGGGAAGGAGGAGGAAGAUGAUGACGAGGAGCUCUAUGGGGUGGCUGUGGGGUCUGCUUCUCCUAAAACUGUUCUUGAUGGCGUAGGGGGGCUUCAAGUUCAAGCAACAGGGAGUGAUGACCAAUAUGUCGCCAAAGGCUUGGAGGCCAAAGAGGAGCUGCUGUUUGAAUCUUCUGAUGUGGAAACUGCUUCUGGAGCUGCUGUACUUCCUGUUUCAUCUACCACCCUGCCUGCGCAGCCAUCAGACUCCUACGUACAGACACCGUCCCACGCUGUGUCGAUUGCCUCUCUCUCCGCCCACUCCCAUUUAAGCUCCACCCCUCCCACUAGCUCCUCCUGGCCCUCUGAUCGACCAGCACAGCCACCAGCCACAAGUUCCAGCUCCUCAUCCCCCUGCAAGUCUGGCUCACUGUCAUCCUCCAAACCUUUCCUCAGCCUCGUGAGGUCUUUGUCAAACGACGUCGACUCUCGAGAAGCUGCUCCCGUGGCCACCACCGUCGUACCGUCGCACGCGCGACACAGGCACUUAAUGAAAUCGUUUGUGAAGUCUCUGUCCACGGACACUUCGCGGGCCGAACACCAGGAGGGCCCGCUUCAUCACCACCCUCAACAUCAACAAGUCCAGCCGUCUCAUCGGACUCCGCCUCGCAACAUGCAGCUCUUCAAGCAGUUCUCCCAGCCCCGGUUAUCUUCCUGCCCGGUCGCAGUCACUCAGGCAGGGGGAGACUCCAAAACAGCCCCGUCCUCCCCCAUUAUGUCUCCAGACGGGAGGUCCUUCUUCAAAGUCCAAGAGGUMGAGGCCAAGAUCGAAGACACCAGGAGGCGAUUGUCCGAAGUGAUGUCGGACCCCUUGCAGCUUUUUAGUAAGAUCAUGGGGGACGAGACUGGUGGUGGGGCUGCUGGAAGUGCCGCCCUUCGUCCCAAGUCGCUCUCCUCCAGUGCGUCAGAGCUCAGCGGAGGAGCGGCGGUAAACGGACACAUGGAAACCAACAACAACUACAGCAUCAAGGAGGAAGGGGCUGAAGGUGACGAAGACGAAGAAACCCCCACAGAAAAGGGUCACGAUUCAAGUUUUUUCUCAUUCCCGUCACUGUCACUCUCCCAGUCCGUCAAUCAAACRUCAUCAUCCACUCUCUACAAGUCACCAUCUCUGACUCUGGGYCGCUGCUCGAUGUCGGCCCUCGCCGCUCGGCAGGAAGACGAGGACUUCUGUGAACUGUACAGCGAGGACUUCGAGGUGUGCACCGACACAGAGACUCCAGAUGGGGACCGAUCCAUUUCCCAGCAGCCCCACACCGGCAGCACUGGUUUGUGUAGUGAACUUGAUGUAGAGGAUGACAGGUUGGAGGAGGAGGUGGAGAAUGUGCCUGUGACUGGCCUUGUCUUCUUAACACAGUUGGUGUAUUGGUAUUUAGUCCUUCCUGUGCCUCCGUGUGUUUGUGCUGUGGUGCARGGGAUUGUAGCCGGGUUCAUGCUGGCCCUGCUGGUCCUGUGGCUGUCGUCGCCUCGACGUUCCUCUUCAGGGAACAGAAUACUGCAGAGGAGGAAAGAGCAGUGCAUUUUCUCCCAGGUGGAUGUCAAAGAACCAGAAAUAUUCAAGGGCUGGAUGAACGAGAUCCACAGCUACGACCCGGAGAUGUACCACGCCACCCUGACCCACUCUGUGUACGUCCGCUUAGAGGGCUCUGUUGUGCGUCUGUCCAAGCCCAACCGGAACAUCUCCCGCCGCGCCGCACACAACGAGUCUAAACCUGACGUCACGUACAUCAGCCAGAAGAUCUACGAUCUGACCGACAGCAGGAUCUACCUGAUGCCCCAGAGCUUGGCCAGGAAGAGAGUUUGGAACAAGAAGUAUCCCAUCUGCAUCGAACUGGCCAAGCAGGACGACUUCAUGUCGAAGGCCCAGGGAGAAAAGUUCGAACCUGCGGAGGAGAAAUCGUCAGGACUGGGUGAGAGGGUGGAGCGAACGGACAAAGCCGACAGGUCUGAAAGCUCGGCGUCGGCGGAGGAACCCAAACGACCAGCCUGUGGAAGAGCGGAUCUGACAAUCUAUUUGUUCGGGAGAACCGGUCGGGAAAAGGAGGAGUGGUUUCACAGAUUUCUUCAGGCGUCUCAGAUGAAGUUAGAGGGGAGAGUCGGCAGCCUGUCCGCCACUAUCUGCAAGAGUGCCUUCUUGCCCUCUCACAGCCGCAGUGGCAGCGCCCCGUCUGCUGGAGGCCUGGAGGCUGACAGCAGGAGCAGCAGCAGGGGAAGCCAGGAGGAGCUGUCUCAGCUCCGGCACAAAGAGGCCUCCGCUCCCCUCUCCUGUGCCGCUGCUGGAGGGAUGAAGCAGAAGAUGCUGUUGGACUAUAACAUCUACAUGGCCAAAUAUGUUAACCCUCAGGCGGCGCCGGGAAGCCCGGGUGGCGCCGACAGCCCAGAGCACAGCCCCGAGAGCAGCCCCAAAACYACCAAAAAGUCACGCAGGAGUUCUGAGGAGUCUGCAGAGCCCGAGGCCUGGGUCAACGCUUUUCUGGGAAGGAUAUUCUGGGACUUUCUGCGAGAGAAGUACUGGGCCAACGUCGUCUCCAAAAAGAUCCAAAUGAAGCUCAGUAAGAUCAGGCUGCCGUAUGUGAUGAAUGAGCUAACCCUGACGGAGCUAGACAUGGGCUUUUCUAUUCCUAAGAUCCUCCGUGCCUCCAAACCAUGGGUGGACCACCAAGGUCUGUGGUUUGACCUGGAGAUGUCCUACACCGGCUCCUUCCUCAUGACCCUAGAGACCAAGCUGAACCUGGCCCGUCUGGGGAAAGAAGGCGAAGGACUCGGGGAGCACGGAAAAGAAUGGAUAAGGCCAAGGACAUACUGUCUGGCGGACAGUGACGAGGAGUCGUCCAGUGCUGGCUCAUCAGACGAGGAGGAUCCCCCUGACCUGCUCAGUGACAAACCCAGUCUGCCUGCCUCCGAGGGCUACGUAGGAGGCCACAAACCCAGCAAGAUCAUGCGCUUCGUGGACAAGAUCGCAAAGUCCAAAUACUUCCAGAAGGCCACAGAGACGGAGUUCAUCAAAAAGAAGAUGGAGGAGGUGUCCAACACGCCCCUGCUGCUCACCGUGGAGGUGCAAGAGUGCCGAGGGACGCUGGCUGUCAACAUCCCACCUCCCCCCACAGACAGGAUAUGGUAUGGCUUCAGGAGUCCUCCUCACCUGGAGCUGAAAGCGCGGCCUAAGCUGGGUGAAAGGGAGGUCACUCUGGUUCAUGUGACCGAGUGGAUUGAGAAGAAGUUGGAUCAGGAGUUCCAGAAAAUAUUUGUGAUGCCAAACAUGGAUGACAUAUGGCUACCUAUAAUGCACUCUGCCAUGGAUACACGCUUGAUUGCCAACUUGAUGACUGUGACAAAUGAUGCCUUGAAGGAUCCGGAGCUGCAGGAGUCUGAGGUUCCCGACGUGAAGUCUGCAGACCAACAUGUGCAAUGACUGACACUUCAAAAGAAUACAAGUAAAAAAAA